UUUCUAUCGAGAGGUAGAAUCUGCCUCUUCACGGUGAUAUUUUUAUUUUGAGUGGUCUUCUGGAAAGGUGGAAUGUAAGUGCUGGUUGAGUUUUAAUCAUUAAGAACGAUGGAUGCAGAGGAGGACAGAACACGACAGCUUGGUUUCAAGCCUCAGAAAGAAAUUGUGUAUAAUAAACUUCUUCCGUAUUCCGAGGAUUUGGACGAGGAGUCCACGAAGCAGUUGGCGGAGAUCAAGGGGAACCUGGGCCGUGCUGUCCGGUUGAGGGAACUCCGGCCUGGUGCGCUGUAUUGGACUUCGAGGCUCAACUCGUACAUCAAUUUGUAUGGACAUAAAUUCUCCAAGGAAGAUCAUGUGAUACUGAUCAAGCUGCUCUAUGAGCUCAUUAUUAUGCCAGAUUUGGAGCUUGCACUUCUCGACAAAUUCGCUCGCUCCCUGACUUGGCUUCUUAAAAAGAGUAAGCUGCUUUCCAGAGAUGAUCUGGUGUUGCCAUGGAAACCUUUAUACCAAUUGUUGGAGCGAAUCUUGUGUUCACAGUAUGAGAUUUUGGGUCUGGAGUGGACCCCAAGGACAUUGGAAGGAAGCUUAAAGAGUGUGGUCAAGCUUUCCAGACCAUAUUUCUCAGUUGAAAGUACCCAAGAGAUGCUAGAUGAAUGGAGGCCUCUUCUAUGUCCCUUUGAUGAGAUGAUGAGUAAAGGAAUAAGUUGCAUGGAGCUGUUCCUCCCUACACUCCUACCCCCUGAACAUCACCAGUUUGGUUUCAAGUUGUGGCUUGAUGAGAUGAUUGGUAUAUGGGAUUCUCAACACAAUUGUUUUUCAUGGGAAGAAACACUGGUAGAGCUCUUCGCAAGGGUUGCUAAUGACAACAUUGGAUACAUUGAUUGGGGACCCUUCAUGGCAAAGAUUUUCACGCGUUUCAUGCGUGGCUUUAAUUUGCCAGUUGGAUCCAAGAAGCGCAUCAUUGGUAGUGCAAGCAAAGGGUAUGACAUCCAGGUUGCCUCUUCCUGGAUCGUAUCAAUGAUGGGGAACACCAAGCUAUGCCAGGAGCACCUUACAAACUUCUUCAAUGCUGUGGAGUCCUAUUUCCAUCCAUCAAAUAUUGGCAAGUACACGAUAAAGUUACAGCGGCUUCUGUCGGCUCUUCCUAAUGCAUUCACAAGAAGAUUACGAAGAGAGCGAUUCAAGAAACCAACGUGGAAGCAUCCCAUCCCAGAUUCUCAUAAAUUAAAUGAGGAUGACAUCACAUCGUUCGUCGAGUGUCUCAAGGCGGCUGUAUUCCUCUCAAUGUACAGCAAGAUGGGAAGCAUGGAUGCUGCGAUAGCUCUGCAACAAAUGGCACAGGUCAGACCAGAGCUGGUCCUCCCGCAGCUAUUAGAGAAGACGUACACAGCUCUUGACACACUAAUUGAGCCUCACCAGCUGGUAGCUACAGUCAGCUGUAUGGUCUCUGUCUCCAAGAGUCUACUCACUAGUAGCAAGCUAUACCCUGAGGGACCCAGUCAUCUCCUUCCCAUCCUUAGUGCCAUGCUACCUGGUAUCGACCCGAAUGAUUUCUCAAAGUGUAUGAUAACCUUUCAGACCAUCUCAACAUUUGUCUCUUUGGUGCCCUUGGUGGAUUGUUCUGAAGCUCCCUUAGUGAGGAAUGAUCUCAGCGAGCAGGAGAGGGAUCUGUGCUCAUCAACAGCAGGAUUUGAAGAUUUUAUACUCAUGUUUAUGGAUCGAUGCUUCAGUCUGAUUGAGAAUAGUUGUAUGGAGCAAAUCCGCUCCCAAGACAGUAACCCCAACAGAGCUAACAACCAAGAGAAAUUAGUGGACGUCGGUCUCACAUCCACCUUCAAUACAAUCCUAUCACAAUGUUCACCUCAACUGUUUAAGGUUGCUCUUGAUAAGUUGUUCUCCUUUGUCGCUAACAAAGUUCUUGAGACUAAAAUAGCGGGGAAGAUGGUUGCUCAUAUGUGUAGAUCGGCAACUAAGACCAAUGCGAAGAUGGCAUUACGGAAGUUUAUCCCUCAUUGUAGUGGCAUUGUCUUGAAUCUUACUUCAUCUGAAGACGUUCAACUAGAGGAGGAUUUAGACGGCCAGCUUCUGUUCAAUCUUCAAAUUCUAUCGGAGAUUGUCCGGUGCCCAAGUCAGGAGCUUCUAGAGUACCGGUCAAUUCUUGAAGACGUCCUACGCUCAACGCUACAUCUUACCUGCAAAGAGGGUUACCAGUUAGGCUGUGUACUGCUGAGGCACAUAAUGAAGGCUUGUUGCACUACAUACCCACUGGAACAUUGCAGUGUACCUGGGAAACUAGACCGACCGUUUACGGAGUAUCUACCAAUCAGGGAUUGGGGUAAAUCUGGUGAUAUAGACAACCUGGAUAUUAAGUGGCACCUUCCAACAGAUUACAGUAUAGCAGCAAUCCAGGAUCUAAUGAAGCUGUUCUACUAUCCAGAGAUUAGAAAGAUACAAAACUUCAUCAAGGGUGCUGAGAUGUCAAGGGAGCAUCUUCUCCAAAGCCUAACCAUAAUACAUGAAGCUAUUACGGGAGCUGGCUCAAUCAUCCCCAGAUGGAACAAGCCCGUUGUACCCAAUUUAGUUGAAAGUGUGAUGGAGCAAAAGGUGUCAGCCCAGCUUCAGUUGGGAACCGCAGAGUUUAGCAAGGCUUUCACCGGCAUUAGGGAAGAGGUUAUUCAUAUGAAUCAUAAACUAUUGGAACACAUGUUGGCAACAGGCGAGGAUGAUACUAAAGCACUUCAGCUUAUUUGUAAGAUCCACAACACAUUGUUGUGGUACACUGGCACUUUCAAGAACAACUUUGAUAGUCGUUGGAAGAACUUCAAGAUGAUUAAGAAAGCCAUGGGAGAUAAGUUACAUGGCAAUAAAAGCCUGAUGCGAGCUUUGCUAGUUGACCGGGUACAUCUCCAGCAUGAGCAGCGACUCCAGCAACAACUGAGACAAGUGGUCUACACAGAGAUGGAUCAGAUUGUUGCUCAUGACCUUACCACCUUGUCAAUGAGUAGAUAUAGUAUGGUUCGCAAGGCUGCCCAGAAUGUCCUUUUCUCCAGCAUAGAUCGUUUGAUGUAUAGUCGCUAUGACAUCAUCCCUAAGGUGCUUGAUCAGCUAAAGGAAGAUGAAAACAUCUCACAUCAUACCUUCAAGGGUGCUCUGCAUAUACUACAUGCUCAGAGUAUGGGGACCUUGGCAUGCGUACACGACUGGGAACUAUUGCAGAAAUGCUGGACUGCGUUGGUGCAAGCUGGUCACUCCGAGAAGCUGUCAAUCAUGAAAGUGAUUGAUGGGAUUGUCAUGAAGAUUCACAGGGUGUAUGACACGGUGGCUAUUACUCAUAAGGUGUCACAAGGAUGUAUAGAUGUGGCUGGCCAGCUUCUGAUGUCUGGUUGCCCCUCCACAGAUAUUGCAGCACCCACUGCUGAAGAAAUGGAACAGGCAUUCGUCAGGUUGAAUGCCCUGAAUGAGAAAAAUCUCAGUAUCUACACCAACAUGUGCACGACGUUAGUGGAGCUGGUAGAACACGGUAAUCUACGUUGGAAGUUUUCUCAGAUGGCGACAGGCAUGUUGAAGCUGCUUCUGAGACAUGACACUCCACCCCCUACACCAGUAGUUCGAUUGUUUGUCAACUUCCUGGUUGAUGAGACUCUACAUGUACGCAAGAUGGCUAUUGCAGCAGUUGGUGCCAUCUUAAAAGUCCUAAAGCGCCCUCACAAGAUGAUCCCAUUAGACCCCUACAAGGUAUCUGGUAGCACCCCACCGGCAACGAUAACCCCGGGGGUCAGACCAGACAACGCCUGGCAUCACUUCAACUCCUCCACGUUGCCCAAAACGCAGGAAGAGUGGGACGCAUGUGUCUUUGUGGAGAAGACACAUUGGAGCUUUUAUACCUGGCCGAAGGACAUGAAGGUGUAUGCAGGUGAAAGUGAGCAACCUAAACUAGACAGGACUGUGGAUGAGUUAUCUGAGAGUGAGAGAGCAGUACAUGAUUGUUUCUCCAGUGAAGAGUUUGUCAAGAAAUUGAUUGAGUUUCUAUCGUUAGAGGAUCGUAAAGGCAGAGACAAAUUCAGCACCAAGAGAUUCAUCCUUUUCAAGGGUCUGUUCCGUAACUUUGGAGAUGCGUUCUUGCCAGUUUUCAAGCCUCAUCUGAGUCGACUAGCUCAAAGCUCCCAGGAGAGUGACCAGCGAUGUCUGGCUGAGAUCAUGACUGGUCUGGUACGAGGCAGCAAACACUGGGGAUUCACCAAGACAUCACAAUUGUGGGAGUUCCUGAGUCCCAUUCUGAAGAGCGCCCUCUCUCAGGUGACGGUUGAGACGCUCUUUGAUUGGGGUACAGCCGUCUCUACGAUGAGUGAAAGCAGAGAUCCACGUAAACUACACUGGCUCUUUGAGACACUGAUGGAGUUCCCAACGUAUGUGGAAGGAGGCUCAUUCCUUGAAGCCAGUUGGCUGUACAUACUCCAAGGUGGCUUUGCUCAGCAGGAAUGGAGGAUACCCGAACUACUCCGAGGGUUGUUGGAUUACUUGGAGCAAAACUUGGCACACAGCUAUAAGAAUGUUAGAGACCACAUCGGCAGUACCUUAGCGACCAUAUUCUUGUAUGACUUCGCUUUGCCCAAUGGAAAACCUUCAUCACCUCAUGCCAAGAACUUUGUGGACCGUGUGAUCCCCCUAUUGGCUCCGAUUCAGAACCUGGACUCUUCACCGUCAACAGAGGGCCUGAAUCAUGGAACGGCAGCGCUGAAUGAUAAAGUGUCUGCAGAAAAAGAGGCUGCGAUUAGAUUGUGCAAAACAGUAAUGAAGUGGCUCGUGAGUACCCUUGGAGGAAUGUUCCCAUCUACCCCGUCUGAGAUAUUCCAAUUUCUUCCACUACUUGCUCCUCUGGAGGGUUUUGAGAGUGACGAGGAGUUGAGUCUACUAGCUAAAGUCUUAAUGGCUUACAUGGCCCAGGCUCUCCUUCAACCUGAGACUAUCCCAAUAGUGCUUGGCUCAUUACAACAGAUUGCCCUUGGUACAUCUUGGAGAGCCAAAGUGACACUCCUAGGUUAUCUUCAAGUCAUGGUGUAUUAUAACCUCUUCACUGUGAGUAACCAGUCACAGUCAGUAGCAACGAUACAUCAAUUAGUGCUAGACCUGCUCAAGGAUGACCGACUCGAGGUGAGAGAGAUGGCAGGUACCACCCUAAGUGGACUCUUUCACUGUGGAGUCUUCUCCAUUGAGCCUAAACUACAAAAUCACUUUGAGAGUUUGUGUAAGACGAGACUACCAGCCAAGAGGGUACGUCUACAGAGUGACUUCAAUAAUGAAGAGUUUUCAGCGUCAGUGGUUCAGCGUCAUGCAGGUAUCAUUGGUCUGAGUGCUUGUGUGCAGGCUUACCCCUAUGAUGUACCGGAGUGGAUGCCGGCAAUUCUUAUGGAUCUUACAGGUCAUUUACACGACCCUCAACCCAUAGAGAUGACUGUACGAAAGACUCUAUCCGACUUCAGAAGGACGCAUCAUGACAACUGGCAUGAACAUAAACAACAGUUUACCGAUGAUCAACUAGUAGUCUUAACCAAUCUAUUAGUGUCUCCUUGUUACUAUGCAUAGACUACAAUGUAUAUACUAGGUUUGGGUUAUAGGCUUAAAGGCAGUGGACACUAUUGGUAAUUACUCAAAAUAAUUAUUGGCAUAAAACCUUACUUGGAGACGAG